ACCGCACUGGCACAGUCCAACCAGAGUGCCGCGGCGCACGACCGCGAGAACGCGAAAACUGAAAACACCGCACCGCGAAAAGCCGCGAUCCGCGCGAAUCCAACAUGUAGUCGCGCCUCGCCGUGCGCACCGUGCAGCAGGCCAACACCAGGCCCUGGUGUCACCAUCGGACACCAAACUCCAACGGAAGCCAGCCUACCUACCUCGAGUCUUCAACGCGUCGCCGUUUUGUUUACACCCAGAGGCAGAACGCGGAAGUGAACAGGUUUACUGCAAGUGAACAGUGCGCAUCGCCUACGUGUGUUAAGUAAUAAACCGAUAAACGUAGUGAAUCUAGUGAUAGUAAACAUUUACGAUUUGACUUAUGCGGAGAUAGUUGGUGGAUUUGUUGGAUUUGGGCGGUAAUCUGUGAAGGGAGCUUGAGUCUCGUUGUGGAAUCCGAUGCGAAAUGGAGCGCAGUGAAGUGUCGUCGCAUUAGACGUGUCGCCUCGCUCAAAUCACGGGCGGAAAAUAUUUUAUCGGCCGAGGAUUAGAUAAAGUAUCGCGAGACGACGAUCUGUGUCGAAUCACUCACUCAAGUCUCUCUGUGCGUGCGCGUCUCGCACAACCUGGCACAACCGUUCCCGUUGUUGUCGCGCCUAGCACAUCCUGCUGAAACUAAGUAGCGUACCCAACAGGCCGAAGUAACUUUUUCCCGAGCAGCAGCAGCAGCGUGUGUGCGUGCGGUCCGCCGACUUUUGGCGGAUUUCCAUGCGCGGGUGAGAUCCGCGUGCGGUGAGUGUGUAGUGCGCGUGUGCGUCGUGCCCGCUUUCCCGAACCGCGCAACGACAGCCGGGUGAAUGCGCUUGUGCUUCGACUCGCUGUGCUUCUCGUCGUGGCUGAACAGUGCCGACGAGGAAGCCGCGACGACGACGACGGCGACGCGACGCGAUAGUCACGGCGCGGAGUGCGUGAGCGCGGCGGCGGCGGCGGCCGGGCCGAUGGGCGCCAUCGGCGACACCGGCGACAUGGAGUCGUUGCUGCGUGCGCGCGAAGAACGCAUCCGCGAGCUGGAGGCGGCUCUGCGCGCGCGAAACGAUGAGAUCGAGAUGCUCCGCUCGCAUCUCGACAAAUUCAAGAGUGUAUUGCACGUCGGCGGUAACAAACACAUUGGCGGCCAGCUGGGGCUCAACAAUAAUGUCACACGCACGCGUAAACAACGCACGGGCAUCUCGGCGGAGCCACAGAGUGAAGCCACGCUGCUGGAGCUGUCCAAACAGACGUUUGAAGUCUUCGAAAAGGAAGAAAGAUCAAAAGAAUUGAUCAAAGCGGCAAUCCUAGACAAUGAUUUUAUGAAGAACCUGGAAACGACUCAAAUUCGUGAAAUCGUCGAUUGUAUGUACCCGAAGGAGUACCAGCAGGGCAGCAUUAUCAUCAAAGAGGGUGAUGUGGGCAGCAUUGUUUACGUACUUGAAGAGGGACGGGUCGAGGUGUCGCGGGAGAACAAAUACCUGAGUACAUUGGCACCUGGUAAGGUACUCGGGGAGCUAGCGAUUCUCUAUAAUUGCAAGCGCACAGCCACUAUCAAAGCUGCCACCGACUGCAAGCUAUGGGCGAUCGAUCGACCAUGCUUCCAAACGAUCAUGAUGCGUACCGGUCUUAUCCGACAGGCCGAAUACACCGAUUUUUUGAAGAGCGUACCGAUUUUCAAAGGCCUGCCCGAAGACACUCUGAUCAAGAUUUCCGACAUUCUGGACGAGGUGACAUACCAGGAAGGCGACUACAUAAUUCGACAGGGAGCGCGCGGCGAUACCUUCUUCAUCAUCAGCAAGGGGCGCGUGCAGGUUACGAUGAAGCAGGAAGACGCCGGCGACGAAAAAUUCAUUCGAAACCUGUUCAAGGGAGACUUUUUCGGCGAAAAGGCAUUGCAGGGGGAUGAUUUGCGCACCGCAAAUAUUAUUGCCGACGACGUAGAUGGCGUGUCCUGUUUGGUAAUUGACCGGGAAACUUUCAAUCAAUUGAUAUCCAAUUUAGAUGAGAUACGUACUAAAUACAAGGACGAAACCACGGAAAGAAAGAGGAUAAACGACGAGUUUAAUCAUGUCAAACUCACUGAUUUGCGUAUAUUGGCGACGCUCGGCGUCGGUGGAUUUGGUCGCGUGGAGCUGGUGCAAGUUCAGGGCGAUACUAACCGCUCCUUCGCAUUGAAGCAGAUGAAGAAGGCGCAGAUUGUGGAAACGCGCCAACAGCAGCACAUUAUGUCUGAGAAAGAGAUCAUGGGUGAAGCAAAUUGCGAGUUCAUCGUCAAACUGUACAAAACGUUUAAGGACCGCAAGUAUCUCUACAUGUUAAUGGAGAGUUGCUUGGGCGGUGAGCUAUGGACGGUGUUGCGUGAUCGAGCUCAUUUUGAUGAUGGUACCACACGCUUUUAUACCGCCUGCGUCGUGGAGGCGUUUGAUUAUCUGCACUCGCGAAAUAUCAUUUAUCGCGAUUUGAAGCCGGAGAAUCUGCUCCUAGACAACCACGGUUAUGUAAAGUUGGUCGACUUUGGCUUUGCUAAGAAACUGCAGACCGGGCGGAAAACAUGGACGUUCUGCGGCACCCCUGAGUAUGUGGCUCCCGAGGUGAUUCUUAAUAAGGGCCAUGACAUCGGAGCAGACUACUGGUCGUUGGGCGUUCUUAUGUUUGAGUUGCUGACUGGCACCCCGCCGUUUGCAGGCUCCGACCCCAUGAAGACGUAUAACAUCAUCUUGAAGGGAAUAGAUGCAAUCGAGUUCCCGAGGAAUAUCACACGCAACGCCGCGGCUCUAAUUAAGAAAUUAUGCAGGGACAACCCCGCAGAACGAUUGGGAUAUCAGAAAGGCGGCAUCAGCGAAAUUCAAAAGCACAAGUGGUUCGAUGGUUUUAAUUGGGAAGGACUGUGCAAUCGAUCAAUGGAACCUCCUAUCAAACCGGUGGUGAAACAUGUCACGGACACCUCCAAUUUCGAUGAGUAUCCUCCAGACAGCGAGGGUCAGCCCCCCGAUGACGUCAGUGGCUGGGACAAUGAAUUUUAACGCAAUUUCAGCCUCCAGUCGUCCGCUUGUCCCCUGACGGGACGUUAUAAUAUUUGCGCGCUUAAAUAUACGCGAUUUUCGACGAUCCGGAGAUGGGAUUUUGGAUCGGACCGCGCGAAAUACUCUCCGCUAAUUCAUAUAAAAUAUCGUGUAUCGCAUUUGAUAAAUCGAACAUGACCUUUUGUUGCUAACUCUAGUUAUUCAUUAAUUUAAUAACUUAAUUGUUUUAUUAUUUUUUAUUAAAUUUUACAUUAAUUUUAGCAGAUAUAUUAAACGCCCAGAAUGUUGAUGAAUCUGAAGGCGAAUUGUUUAUUUGUGGCAAAAUGCAAUGCUUAUACAGUUUUAUUGAACUUAGUUAGGUUGACAUGAUGCGAUGGAGAAAUAGAUUUUACCGUGCAAGAGAAUUUCGAGAUUUUCUUGUAUACAAAUAACACUUCAACGAUUUAAACAAAAUUAAGUUUGUAUAUUGCGACAAGUGCCAUCAAGAAAUUAAAUGAAUUUUGAGUGAAAAAAUGUUAUAAGAUUAUGAUACAGCGGUUUUUAAUUCGUUCCAGAGAAUUGAUUAAAAGCUGCGCCUAUUUUUGUAUCAGCAUGCAAAUAAACACUACUGUAAAUAUUUAAGAUUAAACAUAGUGGGAGCGUGAGUACAUGGAAGUUACCUAAAAUAUUAAUAAACAGAAGUCUUCUACAGGAAAUCGCUGAAAGGAUCAAAUGUAGUGGAAUUAAAUUCAUUAUAAAUGUGAAUCUUGUCAACUGUUAUUAUAUCUAGUUAGAUUGAUAAAUGGCGAAAGAAGUAAACCUAUGGGCGUUGAGAACGUGAAGGUCGUAAGCGUAAAUGCAAAUAAUUGCAAUUUUUUUGUAACUAAGUGUCGUCAUUUAUUUCGUAAUAGUUAUUUAACGAGGCAGUCAUAAGAAUCAAGGAAUUUAUACAGCUGUUUUAUUAUUUUGCCAGGAUUGAUCAGAUUGCAGUUCUUAAAUUACUUUAUUAUUAUAUACAUGGUAUGUAGUAAUAUAAUAAAUUAAUUAAUUAUU